AUGACCCAAGAAACGCAAAAGCUCGCUGAUGAGCCAAACCCAGCCUCGACAUCAAACUCUCCCAUGGAUAAGGACCCUACCACCAGUCCCGAGGCGGAAGAGAACGAAACCGAAAACGAGAAAGACGCAGUGCCAGUGUCCCAUGCAAAGAACGACGCCGAGAUUCAAAGAGCAAAGACAAUCUCUGGACCGCCCAACGGAGGACUGCAGGCGUGGCUGCAAGUCGUGGGAGGCUUCAUGCUCUUCUUCAAUACCUGGGGUCUCCUCAACACAUUCGCAGUCUACCAAACGUACUAUGAAACCGGGGCGCUCUUCACCGCGUCAUCAUCCGACAUUUCGUGGAUCGGGUCCAUCCAGUCAUUCCUGCUCCCCCUGGUCGGUGCCGUGGCCGGGCCGAUAUACGACCGCGGGUACCUACGAUCACUUCUUCUGAUAGGGAGCUUCUUGAUCGUCUUUGGCCACAUGAUGCUCAGUCUCUGCCACUCGUACUGGCAAGUCAUUCUCGCGCAAGGGUUUUGCAUCGGCCUGGGCGCGGGGUGUCUCUACGUGCCCUGCGUGGCGGUGCUGCCGCAGUGGUUCAGCACCAGACUCGGCAUGGCACUGGGCCUCGCGGUCGUCGGCUCUUCCUUUGGCGGCAUCAUCUACCCGAUCGUCCUGUACCGGCUCAUCGACGAGAUCGGUUUCGGCUGGUCCGUGAGGGUCCUGGGGUUCAUGGCCCUCGGGACGCUUCUGUUCCCCGUGUUCCUGUUGAAGAUGCGAGUCAAGCCACCCAGGGCCCGGGCCAUCGUCGACUGGUCCGCCUUUGUCGACGCGCCGUUCAUGUACUUUGUCGUCGCACUUCUGAUAGGGUACAUGGGUCUCGUCAUUACAAUCUUCUACCCUCCCUUCUCCGGCUUCGACCGGCACAUCUUGGACAGCAGCAUGGCGUUUUACGUCGUGCCCAUCUUCAACGCCGGGUCGUGCUUCGGUCGGACGAUCCCCAACGCCCUCUCGGACAGUCUGGGUCCACUCAACCUGCUCGUCCCCGGCGUCCUCAUGGUCGGGGUCUUGCUGUUCUGCAUGAUCGCGGCCACCACGGAAGCGUCGUUGAUCGUGGUGAUUGUCCUGCUCGGGUUCUUCAGUGGCGUUUUCAUCGGCCUGCCCCCGCUGGUGUUUGUUUCCUUGAUCAAGGAUAAGACCAAGAUCGGAACGAGGGUCGGAAUGGGAUUCAGUCUGGCAUCUGUGGGCUUUCUCGCCGGUGGACCCGGCGGAGGGAACAUCCUGGGUGAGAACGACCCGCUCGACUGGACCGGCCUGUACGUCUACGGUGGCGUCACGUGUUGUGUCGCGGCUGUCAUGAUUCUCGGACUGCGCUUCCAUCGAACAGGACUCAGGUUAUUUGUGAAGGCUUGAAUGAGCUGUCCUGGGAAUCUCCGGCAGUCGAGCACGGAUUGUGUCUUUCGACGGCGGCUUUGUGAAUUCAACUUCGAAGGCUAGACAACAGAAGAGAUGGAAUGAUUAGCGUUAGAACAGAUAGAGAUCCCCUCCACCCGUAGA